UCCCCGCCUCUAAAGAUGGCAUCCCCCAUGUAGACAUCCCCCGUGGUUUCUACCCCAGCUGGCCGGGGGCAGUGCUGAGCUAGGGCAAUUAUCUAUCUAGGCUGGGCUGCAGACAGCUGCUGUUCAAGUUCGCUUCUGGUUACAGCUUCUGGAACCCACGCACCGCUAAGGGUCAAGAGUCGCCGAUUCCUUCUAGUCCCAGCAAGUUCCUCCUCUGCCCCUGGUUAGUUUCCCCGCGCCACCUCCGGGCACCCCGAAGCCCCUGACACUCCCAGACUCAAAAACUAUGAGCCUUCCGCCACUGCUGUUGCGCUCGCCCCGCCAUCUCCGGGCGCCGGGACGCCCGCGCCGCCUGUGGUGGUCCCCGUCCCUCGGCCCCGUCUCGGUGGGCUCCUGGCGGGGCCAGUCCUCCAAGGCCCCGGCCUACUGGAAUCAGGUGGUGUCGGAGGCGGAGAAGAUCGUGGGCUACCCCACGUCCUUCAUGAGCCUCCGCUGCCUACUGAGCGACGAGCUCAGCAACAUCGCUAUGCAGGUGCGGAAGCUGGUGGGGACUCAGCACCCGCUGCUCACCACCGCCAGGGGGCUUGUACAAGAUAGCCGGAAUAACCUCCAACUGAGGGGCUUGGUGGUGCUACUUAUUUCUAAAGCAGCUGGGCCCAGCAGAGUGAAUGCUUCAUGUCAGAACUAUGACAUGGUCAGUGGGAUCUAUUCAUGGCCCUGUCUAAGAGGAGACACCCAAGCCUUUGUCCUAAACCUGUGCUCCGCCCAUAAUCCUGUUUCUGUCUGCUGGCUGCAGCCAUUCUCAACCAUUCCAGGGCAGCUGUCGACUGUUCACUGUCUGGCAGGGCCGUGAUUCCUGUUGGGACCAGCAGCAGCAAGCUGACUGGAGAACCUCUCCCAUUCCCACCCCUCAGCACUGCUGUGGCAGCCACACAUGGGCCGGUGGCGGCCAGCAGCACCUUGCUCUCAUUGGUGUAAGUGCUCCUCCCAAGGAAAACCCAGCACCCUGUUCCUCUUCUCAUUAUUUCCCCCAAAUCCUCAGUGAUCAUAACAGCAGUUACAGAUUGCGGCAUUCAUUUUACACUUAAUAUAUGCUGUAUAGUCUUCUUGUUAAAUGUUUUUUUUAAUCUUUAUUGUUGAAACUAUUACACAUGUCUGCUUUAGUUAUUAAAUCUUUUUAUAUCCUUGUACUGUAUCCCCAACUGAACUAUAAGCCCUCAGGGCACAGACCAUCUUAUACUACUUUAAAGGAAAGAAUACAUAAACACUCACAUUUGGAUACGUACUCAUCAAGAGAACAAAAACACUUCUUUUAUACUUUCUAUUUUUAGGAUCUGAUACAUAGUAGAUAUCCUGUUAAUAAUUUUAUUGCUUAUAAUGAUAAUGAUAUAAUCCAGGUUAACAGUUUCGAUUUUCACCUGUUCUGAGUUACAAAUUAUCAAAAUGUGUAAUUUUGAAAGUGUCUCCUCCCCCCUCCCGCCCCCAAUAAUUGAACUUAGGAGUGGGCUAUUUCCUGUGGUUGUGAAAUAUAUAUUAAAGUGAACAUAGUUUACCUUGUUGUGAUGGGACUAUUUGUAAUACAAACCUAGUGAGUGUUUAUUAAAUGACUCUUUUCUUAUUACAUUUUUGCUGAUCUUUGAUGUCCAAACUGGCUUAUAAACCAUUUGGUAUCAUCAACUAUAAGAAAGGUUUGUAUGUGUUUUUAUUGUCAAUAUUAAGAUGUCUCCCGCUCCCCCAUUU